UUCUUCGUCUGUGACGUCACAGCGGCCCAAACAAAAACAAACACAGCACAGUAAGUCGAAGACUAAUGGAAGACAAAAGGGGAAAGUCUCACAGUCCAAACGUAAUCUACUUCCCCUAUCGGCGUCAGUAUCAACGACACUUGCCCGUGAUAUAGAACAGAACUAAAAAAUCAGUGGAGUUGGUGGCAUCUUCAGUCUGCCUUUGUAUAUCAAAACAAGUGGAUUGGAACGAGAUUUUCGUCCGCUAUGCACAGUUAAGUAAACAAUUGCCGUUAGCAAGAAGAAGGGCGUCUUGUACGCCAGUUUUGCAACGCAUAUAGUUAAUUGCGAAGGAUUCAGUGCGUGGACAAAUGGAAACGCCACUCACGGCCGAAGCCGGAAACAGUGGAGCCCUUGCAGCGGGAAAUUCAAAUGGUGUGUCGUUCGAUUCAAGGCGGUUAGAUGAUACGGUUACCAGUUCGUCGUACAUUACUGUCUACACUAAUCAGACUCUAAAAAGACUACUAGUCCUUUCAGUUUCUGCUAUUCUGUGUGAAAUCAUCCAAUUCAUUUGUCAAGUUUGUUUGAUCAUGCAAUCAAGGCGGCUGUCAAUAUCUGCCAUCAGCGCUGUCCUCGUCAUCUGGACUUUAUUAGCUUUGACGCUAACUGCCCAGUGGAUUCUUUUACUAGGCAGCAACCGAGUGGCAAUUGUGAAAAAAGGGAAAAUGCUGAUUUGCGGAUGCCAAGGUCUUGGCGUCCUCAGUUUAUUAGCUUCAGUUGCUCUUCUGUCCGUUCAAAGUGAAGGCAGCAAAUGGACAGAAGAUAAUACCAAAUGGCUAGUCGGUGCAAUGGUCGGUACCAACUGCUUGAAUGUUAUUAUUUUCUGCGUGCUAUUCGUCUUCAUCGUUCGAGGACAAAAAAACGUCCACCAGGUUAUAGGGUCGUGGCUUUGGCUGGCCAUCCAGCAACACAUACAGCGACAGCAAUUGUUGACAGCGGAAAGUGGGAGCGAUUUAAUUAAAGAACAUUUGCAAGCAGCCUACGACGCGGAAGAAUUGUCUUUUUCAGCAGAAGCGGCAUGAGCCUCAAAACUGAUCCCAAAUGCAUAAACUCUUGGAUUGAAAUUGGAGCAACGUAAAGUGUGUCGCAAAUUAUUGUAUAUAACGUACGGAGAAUACAAGUUUCAUGUUGAAAUAGUAAAA